GUUUUGACGGUUCGCUGUCAAUAAUGUUUUUGUGGUGUUUUUAAGCAAAAAAAUACAUUAAUAUGGCAUUUUUGGAGUGGCGUAAAUUCCACUUUUUCGACAUAAAACAGGGCGUUGAUAACGGGAUAAUAGCCGAAUCAUUUAAGGAAAGUCUUGUAACAACAUCAUCCAGCGGUAAUAAUCAUUUAGUAUUGGGCGAUUCUUUAGGUCAAAUACACUUGAUAUCAAGAACAUGGCACAUUACAAGUUUUAGGGGAUAUGAAAUAUCCGUGGAUUAUAGUUAUCAGCUGAGAAAUUCGCCUUUAUUAGUCACUAUAGGGCAUGAUGAACCUGGAAUAAACCCUUUGAUUAAGGUAUGGGAUACAAGUCGUUUGGACAAAAAUGGUACACCAUACUGCUGCCGAAUUACAAGGGCACUUCCUGGCAACAGAGCAGUGCAAGCAAGUGUUUUGUGUGUGCAUGAUAGUUUGCAGCUAAUGGCUGUAGGGUUUGUUGAUGGAUCUUUGGUUUUAUACAGAGGUGAUAUAACUAGAGAAAAAAGUUGCAAGCAAAAAUUAUUGAGGGAUGCAAGCUCUAUAGUGACAGGGUUGGCUUUUAAAUCGUCGGCAGCAAAUAUUUUUUUGUAUAUAGCCACAGAUUGUUCUGUAAUUGGUUACAAUAUAACACAUAAAGAUAAGGAACAAAAGUUUCAUUUGGAUAAUAAAGGGUGCGCCAAAAAUUGCACUGUUUUGGCUGAAUCCACACAGGAGAGUCACUUUAUGGUGGGGAGGAAUGAUGCGAUAUAUUGCUACACUUCCGACGGUAGAGGGCCGUGCUAUGCAGUAGAUGGGGAAAAGGUGAUGUUAGAGUGGUUUAGAAGUUACCUAAUCAUAAUAUCGAAAAACAGCCGGCCAAACAUACCAAGUUUGACUGGGGAAGUACAGGGUAACUUCCAGCAAGGCGACUUGAUAACGGUACUUGACAUAUACAACAAAUUCAUCGUGUUUUCUGCGAUCGUCCCGAAAGUCAAGGCCAUAAUGAGCGAAUGGGGUGGGUUUUACAUACUGGACGAGGAAAAUCGGUUGUACCACUUGGACGAGAAGGAUUUGCAAUCGAAAUUGUCCUUGUUGUUCAAGAAGAACCUCUAUGACGUGUCGAUUAGGAUUGCAAAGUCGCAACAGUACGAUUCGGACGGUUUGGUGGACAUUUUCAAGCAAUAUGGGGACCAUCUCUGCGACAAAAGCGAUUUUUCCGGCGCCAUCGAACAAUACAUCAAAACCAUAGGCAAGCUAGAGCCCAGCUACGUGAUACGCAAGUUUUUGGACUCGCAGCACAUAGAAAAGUUGACCAUGUAUUUAUUAGCGCUGCACAAACAAGGGCACGCCACUGAAGACCACACAACCCUCUUGUUGAACUGCUACACCAAACUAAACAACACGGUGGGGCAGACUGACAGUCUAAAGGACUUUAUCCUGAUGAAGGAGGGCGAUUUUAACUACGACGUGGAUGUGGCUAUAAAGGUGUGCCGCCAAGGCAGCCCGGCAGAGGCGCUGACCUUGGCGAAAAAGCACGAAAAACACGACUGGUACAUCAAGUUGCAGAUCGAAGACCACAAAAAGUACGCGGAAGUCCUGGAAUACAUCCGCAACUUAAAGUUCGAAGAUGCCGUGUUUUACAUGAAAAAAUACGGCAAAAUUUUAGUCGAGAAUGAACCGCACGAGACCACGCAGUUUUUAAAGAAGUUGUGUAUGAAUUACAAGCCCGAAAUAUCGCAGAAUAUAACCGACAAUAUUAUUUUGAACUACGAUUUAACUCAAAGCGCGGAUCCGGAAGAAUAUAUACAUCUAUUUUUAAACAACUCUGAACGCCUUGUGGAGUUUUUAGAAUAUUUAAUAAACGAGGGGGGUAUUUUUAGCACCCCCGUCUAUAACACCCUCCUGGAACACUACCUACACGUUUGGUCCAACUUGGAGGACUCUGCAGACAAAAACAAGUGCGCUCAGAAAACUUUGAAGCUACUGCAAAACUUGGACGUGAAAUACGACAAAUCUCAAGCGUUGGUUGUGUGCCACAUGCACAAUUUCAGCGAGGGGAUUCUUUAUUUGUACGAAGAACAGAAGUUGUAUCAGCAAAUUUUACGUUACCACAUCUCGAAGAACGACUCGAAAGCCAUCUCGGCGUGUUGCCGUCGUUUCGGACACCAAGAGCCCUCUCUAUGGGUGCAAGCUCUAUGGUCGUGCGUGAGGGAUUCACAGCAACCCACGAUGGACCUUCUAAACGAGAUUUUGACGGUCAUAGCCAAAGAUAAGCUGUGCUCGCCGCAAUUGGUGGUGGAUGCGGUCGCAAACGGAACUACAGACGUCACUUUGGGUCACAUAAGGUCGUACGUGAUGAACGAGCUGCAGCAAGAGCAGAAAAAGACGCGGGAAGUGUCUGAAUUGACUGAGAAGUACCAAAAAGAUACCGAUAAGCUUAAGGAGAAGCUUGAAAGUUUACGCAGCGGUGUAAAUGUUAUACAGGGCUCUAGAUGCGCCGCAUGCCACCACCCGUUGGAGUUGCCGACGAUACAUUUCCUUUGCCAGCACAGUUUCCACCAGCACUGCUUCCAAAGUUUCUCCGACGACGAGCAGGAAUGCCCGACCUGCCAGCCGGAAAACAAGAACCUGCUGGAACUGCUGAAGGCGCGCGAGUACAACAAAGACCUGCACGAGACGUUCCAUUCGCAGCUAGAGAAGACUCAGGACGGGUUUUCCAAGGCGGCCGAGUUCUUCGGGCGGGGCGUGUUCAACAAGUACAAGGUCAUUACGGACGAUCAAGCGGGCGAGAAGAAAAUGGCGCCGGAAAAGGUCGAGAGGCCGAAAAAAUCCACCGUUUACGAGCAGGAAAGUAGCAACUACGGACCUGGAGCCGAAGCCCGCAUGAGGAUAAGCGAACAGCAAUCGGCCAACAUCGUGGUGCCGCCCUCUGAAGGCAGAAUGAGGAUCUCGGAAAGGCAGUACAGCUCAUCUUUGGACCCGAGCAAGCACAAGUUCCAGGCGGCCCCGUACCAAAAGGCCGCCCCAAAAACGGCGGCCAAAGCCGGUUCGAACCCCUUCGAGGACGAUUACGAGCGCGAGAAAAAUCCGUUCGAAAUCGAAGAGGACGACGACAAAAACAACCCGUUCAGAGACGAUUACGAGUGCGAUAAGAAUUUAAACCCGUUCUCCUAAGAGAUGUAAUAAUGUAAGCUUUAUUUUGUACAUAAUAUGCUGAUAAUAUAUUUAACUUUAUUCAGA